UGUAUACUUUAGGCUUCAUUGGGAAGAGAACUCGUUAUUGUGACGUACAUGUAUUCUCUAUUAAUGAGUGCAGAUAUUGUGUUUAUUUCAGCAUCGUAGAGCUACAUAAUAUACACUAAGUUUACAGCAAACUUUUCAUAAAAGUGGAUCUCGUUGAAAUCUUUUAAACGGGAUUCUGUGCAGGCUUAAUUGCUUUCUCUAAUUGGUCACCCAUUCGCACAUCACACUAAUGGCCGAGAAACAGGAAGAAGAGGACGUUCCGAUCUCUUCACAAGGCCUGAAAUGUCCACUGUGUCUUGGUAUCUUCGACGAUGCAACCCUCUUAACCUCUUGCGGACAUACCUUCUGUCGACCCUGUCUCAGGAAAUACGACCUAUCUCACCAGGAUCUUGAUCACAUGGUCUGCCCUCUCUGCAGGACAGUGACAAAGUUGUCCGCAAACCGGGUCGACGAUCUCUUUCCCAAUGUGACGGUCAACGGACUCGUAGACGACUACCAUGCCAGUUCUGGAGGGGCAAAUGCCAUCCUGAAGAUGCGGCAAAAGUGCACUGUCUGCAAGAUCCAGGUAGAGCCGAUCGCUUUUUGCAUUACAUGCAAUGUAUCCAUGUGUGACCAAUGCCACGUUGGCCACAAACGACUGAAGCUGUUCUUCGAAGGUCAUGAGAUCGUAUCUUUCCAGGACAUAAUUGAGGGAAAAGUUAAACCUGGUCGCCCUUCCGAGAAAUGUUCCGCCCACAGACGAGAGAACAAAGAUAUGUUCUGUCAGGAUUGUAAGAUGCGCGUCUGUUUCAAGUGCGUCGUCAUCGAUCAUCGAGAUCACAAGAUACAAUCACAUCAAGACUUCGAAAAGGAAAUGCAGGAUAAGGUGAGUGAUCUUCUCUUUCGUUGUAAGGCAAAGAAAUCCGACCUGGAGAAGAAUAUUCAAAGUGUGGAGACACAUCGUAAUGAGGCACAUACUGCGCUUCAGCUUCUACGUAAAAAUGUGGGCCUAGCCUGUCGUACCAAGGUCAAGCAGCUAGAAGACAACCGACGUGUACUCAUUGAGAAGAUCGAUGCUCUGGAACGUAGUUUUGAUGAAGCCCUCAACGUUCUAAAGUCGAACGACCGACAGAUGAUCAAGAGCAUUUGUAGUUCGGUAGAUUUGGUGGAUAAUGACAGACUAGGUUGCCUUGAGACGGACAGUCUAUCUGCUCACACAUUCCUUUGCGAAGAGAUCGAUGGCUUGCUAAAGGAGGUAAUUGAUCAAACCUCUGCAGCAACCAUAAAGGAGAAGGCAAACAAGCAGAAGUUCAAGCCUGCAGAUGACACCAGUCUUGACCUCGGGAAAAUCUCAGGAACAGUUCUAGGACCUCCUGGACAACAACCCUCCGGCCAAUUACCAACGGCACGUUUUUUAAACCGCCCCCAUCCCCCCGGAGAAUUACCCGCCUCCUCGAGAACAGUUACCCUCCCCCAAACUCCCCCUCUCCCUCCCGAUUGGGUAGAACCUGGGAACAACCCCCCUCAGAUCCCCUUCCAGCCUGAUCAUCAAAAUGUCAUAAAUAUGGACAAUUACCCGCCUCCCCGAGGACAAAUACCCUUCCCCAGUGGCAGAUCCAGGAAGAGAACCCACCCCUACCUCCCACACGCAGUAGGUUACCCCCGAGGACGAGUACCCUCCCCACCUCCCCCUCCUAUGAGUUACCCCCCGAGGACAAGUACCCUCCCCCGCCUCCCCUCCUAG